AUGAAGAGCUGUGUGCCUCUUGAGACCUGCCAGUUAAGUACUGCAAUUUUUGGGCCCUAUCAACUCAUGGAGUUGCUGAAAGGAUUGCCAUGGCGCCGUGCUUUGCUGGCUGUCAUCCUGAACCUGCUGGCUCUCAGCCUCUCCACCACUGCCUUGCUUGGCAGCUACUGGUGCACUGGGACCCAGAAAGUGCCCAAGCCUUUGUGUGGGAAGACCAAAGCCACCAACUGCAUUGGUGUCCCCAUGCCACCUGAUGGAGGUUCUAGCAAUGUUUCAACCCCAGAAGAGGUGCACUACAGCUGGGAGACUGGGGAUGACCGCUUUGCCUUCAGAUACUUCCACACGGGGAUGUGGCUUUCCUGUGAAGAGAGCAUGGAAGGACCAGAAGAGAAAUGCCGUAGCUUUAUUGAGCUUUCACCACCAGCAGAGAGAGGAAUCCUCUGGCUGUCGCUGGGAUCAGAGAUGCUGUACAUCAGCUUGCUGCUCAUCAGCUUCAUCCUCAUGAUGGUAGAAAUUCUGCAUACGGGCAAUCCUGUCUGUGGGUUGAAGCUCAACGCCUUUGCUGCUGUCUCCUCGGUGUUGUCAGGUCUCCUUGGUAUGGUGGCACACAUGAUGUACACUCAAGUCUUCCAGGCAACGGUUAGUCUGGGACCAGAGGACUGGAGACCGCACUCAUGGGACUACGGCUGGGCAUACUACAUGGCCUGGGCCUCCUUCACCUGCUGCAUGGCCUCUGCAGUCACCACUCUCAACACCUACACCAAGACGGUGCUGGAGUUCAAAAGGAACCACAUCAAGGGCUAUGAUGGGAGCUUCAAGGACCAACCUCAGCAUCACCAGUGCUUCAUACAGCAGCAAAUAAGCAGCUACUACGAGCCCCAAGACAAGCCCCUCCGUUCAGUCUCUGAGGGAGUCGACUUCUACUCUGAGCUGCAGCAGAAAGUGCUACAGCGGGAACCAGAGCUGGAACUGGAUGAGGUCUUGGGACAGACGAUCGGGGAAGAUCGCUGCUAG